AUGGGCCGGGUGGCUCGGCCCAACGGCCCGCCCGGAGUCAUGAGAAGUUGUUCACCAUGCGCAGCCUGCAAAUUCCUCAGGCGUCGCUGCGCCGAAGAUUGCAUCUUUGCCCCUUACUUUCCUUCUCAGGACCCUCACAGGUUUGCUAUUGUUCACAAAGUCUUCGGCGCUAGCAAUAUCAGCAAAGCGUUGCAGGAGCUUCCUGUAGACCAGAGAGGCGACGCUGCGAGUAGCAUGGUUUUCGAAGCAAAUGCAAGAGUGAGAGAUCCUGUUUAUGGAUGUGUUGGGGCCAUAUCCUACCUUCAAAAUCAAGUUUCGCAGUUGCAGAUGCAGCUAACCGUGGCUCAGACUGAGUUACUUCGCAUUAAGAUGCAACAAGAUUUGCCUUCGCCGCCUUACCUUGCACCCACUAAUAACUUCAAUAACAUUGAUUCUCAGCCUGCAUACCUCAACUUCCCUCCUUCUACCAAUGUAAUCCAAGACCCAUCUCUCAAAACUGAAUCUAUUUGGACUUAA